UUAAAUUCUGCAGGUCACUCUGUUGGAUUCCUUUCAUCUCGGAUUUGCUAUCCGUAUCAUUCUGGAAUGCCACAAUUGAUGGCUGUGUUACAUUUGUAAAUAUCCGUUUUUGAGGAGAAGUCCCAAGUUGAAAAGAAAUGAUCGAAUUCCUUCACCAGCAGAAUGUGUCUGAAUGUCUACAGACGGCCCUAAAGCCUUGCAGCUUUGAAACGUUAAAACUGAUCAAAUACAUCAAACUAUCGCUUUUGUUGUAUUGUUGGACCUGAGGAAAGAGCUUGUAUAAAACAAUCAAGUAAUAAUGGACGUUUCUAUUUAAAACAUUACGAGAAAUGUCUUUAGUGGGAGAUGUGGAUGCAUACAAACCUUUUUCAAACAAAAGACAUUGAAGUGUAAACUUUACCUCCAUUGUCCUGUAUCUUAAAAAAUUAAAUUGGAUGGAUCCAUCGGACUGAUAAAUGGGACUGUUACUGUUUACCGAAGGCUUUUGUUAUAGUUCUGUUCAAAUUGUGAAGAAUCUCUGGAUGGGUUUAUAUUGCACUGUGGAGCAGGUCAAUCGGAUAUUGAAUUAUAGAAACAUUUGGUUUUGCUGACAAUUAACCCACUUGAAUUCCUAUUUGUCUACAACUAUUUAUUUUUUGUUUGUUUUUUUAUAGUGUGUUUUUUAUUGUAUUUCCUUGACUCGAGUGUGCAAAGGUACUUUGAUUUACAUAAUUAUACAGACGUUACACAAUGUAAUUCUAAGGCCGUAGUCAAGCAUUGUCAACACAUUUCACGCUGAACUCAAAAACCUUCUGUAAAAUGUCACCAAAACUGUGUUUAUUGUAGAAAUGUCUUACAAGCCUCGUUUUCAUGUUUACCCUGUGCAGUUAAAAGGCAAACUUAAAAAUAUUUCCAGCAUACCCUAGUUGUGAUUUAAUUUCCGAGUGAAGCAUGACAGUGAGAAAAAAAGUGGAUACACAUAGGGAAUUGAAUUAAAACUCAACCAGCCUGUGUGACAUUAGCCAAAAGGCCACUUUUGCACAUUCGGCAAUAAAACAAAUUCCACCAAAUAUUUCACUGUGAUAGUUCACCCAACAAUGAAAAUUCGGUCAUCAUUUAAACCUGUAUGACUUUCCUACUCCUGCAGAACACAAAAGAAGUUAUUUUGAAGAAAGUUGUUAACUGGCGCCCAUUUCCUUACAUUGGUUUUGUGUCCACACAAUAGAAGUGAAUGGGGGCCAGUUACCAACUUUCUUCAAAAUACCUUCUUUUGUGUUGUGCAGAAGAAAGAAAGUCAUACAGGUUUGAAAUGGCAAGAGGGUGACAGAAGUUUCAUUUUUAUGUGUACUAUCCCUUUAAAUAAGGCUUAUAGUGCAGGUAAAGGAUGACCCCUUGGUCUGCCAGCAGAGGACAGCAUAGACACCAAAACAUUGAGUCUGGAAUCCAAUUGUAAAUGCCAUUGAGCUGAUAUAAUUUACAAAAGUCAACAGUAUCCACCUUGAGGUUUAAAGUAGCUGUAAAUGACGCAAAAACAGAAUAAUGCAUUCCACUUUUCCAUUUUGCCCUUUUCUGCAUUCACACUGCGAGUUUUAUUUUGAAAGAACGUCUGAUCUUUCGAACUGAACAGCAAUUGUUUCUCUGUGUCAAUGCAAUGCAAUGUAAGUCGCUUUGGAUAAAAGCGUGCAUUAAAAGAACAUUUUAAAUAACCAUAUGCGCAAUAUUGCAUGCGUGUGUGUUUGUUAUAAUGAAAGUAUGCGGAAUGUCUGGAAUGAGUUGGGUGGGAAAGGGACAGAAAGACAAUGACCAAGAGGACAAACACGUUCAGUUUAUAACUAUAGAAUAACAAAUAAAAUGCAGACUUUAAGUACGUCUGUACAUGUGCAUGUUACACUGAAUAUUGAGUUAACAUGUGGUGGGAUGGGUUUUAGAGACCGAGUGUGUAGCAGAGGGCGACACACAAACACAGUUAUAGGCAUGGAGCCUGUUGUCACACUGCGUACCGAACUGCACUGAACGAUUACAAACUCCAACAGGACACCGAGACUCAGCAUGCCCACUACAGGAGCCUCUGGAGACCCAAAGUCUGAGGAUUUCUCCACUGCCAUUUUGAAACAGAAGAUUCGACCGAAUCGACUCAUUGUGGAUGAAGCUGCCAAUGAGGACAACAGCAUUGUGUGCCUGUCACAGGCUAAAAUGGAGGAGCUGCAGUUAUUCCGUGGAGAUACGGUGGUGUUACGUGGUCGGAAACGAAGGCAGACGGUCUGCAUCGUUCUCACAGACGACACGUGCAGCAACGAACGGGUGCGCAUGAACCGGGUCACCCGAAAUAAUCUGCGUGUGCGCCUUGGUGAUGUCAUCAGUAUCCACGCCUGUCCAGAUGUGAAAUACGGGAAGCGCAUCCAUGUUCUACCCAUUGAUGACACCAUUGAAGGGCUGACUGGCAACCUGUUUGAGGUUUUCCUAAAGCCUUAUUUCCUGGAGGCCUACCGACCUGUUCACAAAGGUGAUAUAUUUUUGGUAAGAGGGGGUAUGAGAGCAGUGGAGUUUAAGGUGGUAGAAACAGAUCCCACCCCUCAUUGCAUCGUUGCUCCAGAUACCAUUACCCACUGUGAGGGAGAGCCUAUCAAACGAGAGGAUGAGGAGGAGAGUCUGAAUGACAUUGGCUAUGAUGACAUCGGGGGCUGUCGUAAACAGCUGGCUCAGAUUAAAGAGAUGGUGGAGCUGCCUCUCAGGCAUCCCGGCCUGUUCAAAGCCAUUGGAGUCAAGCCCCCGAGGGGAAUUCUGCUGUACGGUCCACCCGGCACAGGCAAGACUCUGGUGGCUCGUGCCGUUGCUAAUGAGACGGGAGCUUUCUUCUUCCUCAUCAAUGGGCCUGAAAUCAUGAGUAAGCUGGCGGGAGAGUCCGAGAGCAACCUGCGAAAAGCUUUCGAGGAGGCCGAAAAAAAUGCCCCUGCGAUCAUCUUCAUUGAUGAGCUGGAUGCAAUCGCUCCAAAACGAGAGAAGACUCACGGGGAGGUUGAGCGAAGGAUCGUGUCUCAGCUGCUAACCCUGAUGGAUGGCCUGAAGCAACGUGUUCAUGUUGUUGUCAUGGCGGCCACAAACAGACCCAACAGCGUGGACCCCGCGCUUCGCCGUUUUGGUCGGUUUGACCGUGAGAUUGACAUUGGCAUCCCUGACUCCACGGGCAGGCUUGAGAUUUUACAGAUUCACACCAAAAACAUGAAACUGUCGGACGAUGUGGAUCUGGAACAGAUCUCCACUGAAACACAUGGUCAUGUGGGAGCAGAUUUGGCGGCUUUGUGUUCAGAGGCAGCACUUCAGGCCAUCCGUAAAAAGAUGAUGCUGAUUGAUCUAGAGGAUGACAGCAUUGAUGCAGAUCUUCUGAACUCGCUCGCUGUCACAAUGGAUGACUUCAAGUGGGCUCUGAGUCAGAGUAACCCAUCGGCUCUGAGGGAGACCGUAGUGGAGGUUCCUCAGGUAAACUGGGAGGACAUUGGAGGACUAGAUGAGGUGAAGAGAGAGUUACAGGAGCUUGUGCAGUAUCCGGUAGAGCAUCCUGAAAAAUUCCUAAAGUUUGGAAUGACUCCAUCGAGAGGGGUUCUGUUCUACGGCCCACCGGGUUGUGGAAAAACCCUACUUGCUAAAGCCAUUGCCAACGAGUGCCAGGCUAACUUUGUGUCCAUUAAAGGCCCAGAGCUGCUCACCAUGUGGUUUGGUGAAUCAGAAGCAAACGUCAGAGACGUGUUUGAUAAGGCGCGGCAGGCUGCCCCAUGCAUUUUGUUUUUCGAUGAACUGGACUCCAUUGCUAAAGCACGAGGGGGCGGUGCCGGUGAUGCGGGGGGCGCGGCCGACAGGGUCAUUAACCAGAUUCUGACAGAAAUGGAUGGGAUGACCAACAAGAAAAACGUCUUUAUCAUUGGUGCCACCAACAGGCCUGAUAUCAUUGAUCCUGCUAUCCUGAGGCCUGGUCGCUUGGAUCAGUUGAUUUAUAUCCCUCUGCCUGACAUCCCCUCCCGCUCUGCCAUCCUAAGAGCCAACCUCCGCAAGUCCCCUAUCGCUAAGGAUGUAGACCUGGCAUAUCUGUCCCGGAUAACAGAGGGCUUCUCAGGAGCAGACCUGACUGAGAUCUGUCAAAGAGCCUGUAAGCUUGCCAUAAGAGAAGCUAUAGAAGCAGAGAUCCGUGCUGAGAGACAGCGGCAGGCCAGGAAAGAAACUGCUAUGGAUGAUGAUUAUGACCCAGUGCCUGAGAUCAGGAAGGAUCAUUUUGAGGAAGCCAUGACAUUUGCUCGUCGGUCGGUCAGUGACAACGACAUACGCAAGUAUGAGAUGUUCGCUCAGACCUUGCAGCAGAGCCGGGGAUUUGGCAACUUUAGGUUUCCAACAGCACCUCAGUCAGGUGGAGGUCAAGGGUCAGGCCAAGGCUCAGGGGGUCAUUUUAGGGAUGAUGGAGAUGAUGAUCUCUAUCAGUAAUCAAGGUCUUUUACCAGCCCCAGACCUGUAAUGUGUGAGACAAUAAAUUCAUUAACUUCUGGAAUCUGCACAUUUGGAUUAUUUACAGGGAUAUCUCACAUGGAUUUUACAAUUGUGACAGAAAUAUAACGUUUAAUACCUAUUAUUCACACUUAGCUGGUGGUUUUAUGUGAUGGUGAUAUGUAGAUGGUGUUGUACGUGUGUUGAUGUGAACGUGUGUGUCUGACACUAAUAAAGAUAUUUUAAUAAAGUUCUUAG